AUGGUUUACCUGCUGGUUACUGGAGUUUACUCGUCUGAAGUUGCGAAGGUGACUCUAAAACUUAGUCAAAGCUGGGCAAGUCCUUCAAGCAUUAUGAUUGCAAUGUUCAAUUACCUAAUAGUUGUUCUUAUGUUCAUUGUUGGCGUUGAGGGCCGUAUAUUCGGAGGUGGACCUUAUUAUGGGGGUGGAGGAUAUGGAGGAUACGGUGGAGGCCCUGGCGGCGGUCGCAUUCGUCUUGGCUGAUCGGUUAUCAACAAAUCGAUCCAUCAUGACUGCUUUACUUUCUGUCUAUGAGUUAAUCUUUCACAAUAAAGAUGUCCU